UGCUUUUGACUUUAGUAGAGUUUUGUUUUUUGGAACGAUGAGCAACGGAUUCGUGCCUGCGGCCCACGGCACCGCCUGGGACGCAAGUUUAGCUAAUAACGACAGCCAGAGCUACGACGAUUGUUGGCCAGACAAUCAUCUGUAUCAUCAUCAUCACCAUUUACACCAUCAUCAUAUUCACCAACACUCGUCGACGGUUUCUCAAAUGUGGCCUAUCGCGCCCAACCAUCCGCAACAGUCGAGUUUAACACAAAAUCCGGUUCAAAGAAACAGUCUGCAGAAAUCGUCGAUGGCGUCUUCAAAAAAAAUUCGACGUCGGGUGGCCACGCUGGCGCAGCGGCGAGCGGCCAACAUCCGCGAGCGUAGGCGCAUGUACAACCUAAACGAGGCGUUUGACAAGCUCAGGCGCAAAGUGCCCACGUUCGCGUACGAGAAACGCCUGUCCCGGAUCGAGACCCUCCGGUUAGCCAUCACGUACAUAAGCUUCAUGUCCGAGCUACUUCAAUCCACGCCGCCGUCCGGCGACACGGUACAGUCGUCUGCCUACAACUCGUUACCACAGAACGAUAUCCCGUACGUCCCUUAUUCGUUAAUACCUCCGGUUUAGACUACAUUAUUAAAUAAAAAUUAUAAUAACGGCAUCACUUCGAUGCUGUAAAUAAAACGACAAUAAUAAGCGAUACAAACAUACAGCCGAUUAAUGUAAAACUCGUCGGGACACGGAUAAAAAAAAAACAGAACUAAUAAUAUGUACCUAUAUUAUAAAAUAUACAGAAUGUUUAAAAAGGAACACGG